GCGGCGGCGACCAGGGGAAGGCGGACAAGAAGACGAAGAAGAAGGACAAGAAGGACAAGAAGAAAAAGAAGAAGAGGAAGAAGAAGCGCGACGGCUCCUCGUCAUCGUCGUCAUCCUCCAGCUCCUCCGUGUCCGACUGGAGGCAGAAGAUGGCGACGACGGCGGCUGCGCCAGCAGGCCAGCAUGUGGCCGCAGAUGCCUGGCGCUCCGGCGGGCGCGCCGCAGAUGCAGGGCGGCUGCGGGGAGCAGGCGUGGCCGCAGUGGCCGGGCGCGCCGGGGCCCGAGGGCGGCGGCGGCGAGCUGCAGCCCGGGUGGAUGGCGCCGCGGGAGGAGCGCGACUGGGGCCGCCACGACUCGCGGCCGCCCGAGGCGCCGCCGGCCGAAGACAUCCCCGUGUACCUGGAGCCCGCCAUCGAGGAGUUCGUGCCGGUGCCCAAGGCGCUGCUGGGCAAGGUCAUAGGCAAGCAGGCGCAGACCAUCAUCGAGAUCCGCGAGAAGAGCGGCGCGUUCAAGGUGGACGCGCGGGACCAGCACCAGCGACCCUUGCCAGGUCAAGAUCGCUGGCACUGCCAAGGCCGGUGA